ACCCAUCCCUGCCAAGCCAGACUACUCCCUAAGACUUGCUUUGCCUAAAGUAGCGAUGAUGGCCACGAGCACGAGCUUCUAGCUCAGCGGCGGUGUCUUCAACGCAGCCCGGCGACGCUUCGAGACCUUCCCAGCAGCAUGAGGGGCAGUGUGGCGGCGCUGGCCACCGUGCUGGGCCUGCUGCUGGCCAACGCCCGCUCCGCCCUUCUGGUCACCGCCAACGUGGCUACUAAUGAGAUCCUGGACGCCCCUGUGCAGGAAGACUUCGACCUUCCCCCCUGCCGGAAUGGCGCGGCAUGCGGCUACAUACAGGUCAACGCCUUCGGAGUGAGCAGCAGACAGUUUUGCAGCUGCCGCGGAUUCCAAGGAGGGGAGCGAGGGGGCGUGGCGGCGGCGGGGGCCUGCGGCAUGGUGUGGGACCCCGAGGACGGCCGCUCAGUCACCAUGGGCUCCCAGCAGUUCAAGUACUGUGGAUCACCGCCUCCCUUGCGUGUUUGUGGGAGGGAGGAAGCCGCCUACACGGCCGGCUUACUCUUCCACAAGGCGACCUUCAGCCUGACAGAGGAGCGGCACGUCCUUCACUGCUACUGCCAGCCGCCCCUCUCCCACCUGCACUCCGACGUGGAGGAAUACGUCAUGGGCAGUAACCUGGUCGUGGAUACCAUCUUUACUUGCUCCAGCAUGCCGCCGUGCAUGGAAGGGUCGGCGUGCAAGGAGGUGUCAGUCGGGGAAGGGACCGCUCUAGUGAACCCCAAGUGUCGUUGUCCCCGCCAGUCGUCCUGUCCUACCCUCACCUCCUCCGCCAUCCCGCACUCCAACUCCUACCCCAAGGGCGCCGCCUACUCCGUGCACUGCCUGCCCCCUUUACUAGAGGCGCUCUCAACACACAGAUGGAGGCCAAGGAAAGCACUCACCACUGCCUCCCUCCCGUGUCCUGGAUUGACUCUCUCUCGCUCUUUCACUCUCUUUCUUUUUUUCCUCAAGUGAUAUGCUAGAUGGAGCGAGACAAGACUAACCUUAACCUAAAACUCUCUCUCUCUCUCUCUCUCUCUCUCUCUCUCUCUCUCUCUCUCUCUCUCUCUCUCUCUCUCUCAGGGCAUCUACA